AUGGCGUCUUUUAAUAGGAAAAUAUAUCAGCGAUUGCUGAUUUUUGCAGUAUUUCUUCAAUUUACGGGUGUAUUAUGUUUUAGCGAGCUGUUUUUCAUCAAGGAGCCCCAUGACGUGACCGUGGUGAGGAAAGACCCGGUCGUUUUGGACUGCCAGGCACACGGAGAGGCGCCCAUCGACGUCAGGUGGUUGAAAAACGGAGUACGGCUCACGGACAGCGAGCGGGUGUACCGCCUGUCCAACGGCUCCUUGUACAUCUCAGAGGUGGAGAGCAGGAGAGGAGACAAAUCAGACGAAGGCUUCUUCCAGUGUCUUGCCCAGAACAAAUAUGGAGCCAUCUUGAGCCAGAAAGCUCGUCUAACUAUCGCAAGUAUUUCCCCCUUUGUGAUCCAGCCCACAUCAGCGGCGGUGAUGGAGGGGUCUGUGGCCAGAUUCACCUGCAAGAUCAUCGCCAACCCUCCAGCCAUCAUCACCUGGGAGUUCAACAGGACCACGUUACCUCUGGCCACCGAUAGGAUCACGGUUCUGCCCAGUGGAGUGCUGCAGAUCCACGGCGUAGAGCAGGGGGAUGCUGGGAAUUACCGCUGCGUGGCCACCAACAUCGCUAACCGCCGCCGAAGCACCGAGGCCACGCUCACUGUCAGCCCAGCUCCAGGACCCAGACCUCCGCAGAGGCCCCACAUAAUCGCCGGGCCCCAGAACAUCACCGCGUCCCAGCACCAGAACGCCAUCCUGGAGUGUGUCGCCACCGGCAACCCCAAACCCCUCAUCUCCUGGAGCCGGGCGGACCACAAGUCCAUCGACGUGUUCAACACCAAGGUGCUGGGCAGCGGGAACCUGGUGAUUUCGGACGUGAAGCAGCAGCAUGCUGGGGUGUACAUGUGCAGGGCUACCACCCCUGGGACGCGCAACUACUCCAUUGCUGCGGCAAACCUCACCGUCUUAGCCCCGCCCUCCCUGGUGGAGUGGCCCGAGAGUCUGACCCGCCCCCGGGCGGGCACUGCGCGCUUUGUCUGCCAGGCGGAGGGCGUGCCCACGCCCCACAUCACCUGGCUGAAAAACGGGGAGAAGGUACACUCCAAUGGCCGCAUAAAGAUGUACAGCAGCAAACUGGUGAUCAACCAGAUCAUCCCGGAGGACGAUGCCAUCUACCAGUGCCUGGCGGAGAACGAGCAGGGCUCUGUGCUGUCCAUGGCGCGGCUGAUCGUGGUGAUGUCCGAGGACCGGCCGAGCGCGCCCAGGAACAUCCGUGCGGAGACCGUGUCCAGCUGCGCCAUCCUGCUGGCCUGGGAGCGGCCGCUGUACAACUCCGACAAAGUGAUCGCCUACUCCGUGCACUACAUGAAGGCUGAAGGAUUAAACAAUGAGGAAUACCAAGUCGUCAUUGGCAACGACACAACACGCUACAUCAUCGAUGACCUGGAGCCAGCAAACAAUUACACUUUUUACAUUGUGGCCUACAUGCCCAUGGGAGCCAGCCGAAUGUCUGACCACGUUGUCCAGCACACCUUAGAGGAUGUGCCCCUGCGAGCUCCCGAGCUCAGCCUGACCAGCCGCAGCCCCUCGGACAUCCAGGUGUCCUGGCAGCCCCUCCCGCCCAAGCUGAGCCGAGGCCGCAUCUCCGCCUAUCGGCUGUCCUACCGGACCAGCACCGACGGCACCGUCACCUCGCUGGAGCUGCCCGGCGACCGCACCCAGCACCUGCUGGAGGGCCUGCAGCCCGACACCAUCUACCUCCUGCGCAUCACCGUGGCGACCCGGGUGGGCUGGGGCGAGCAGUCAGCCUGGACAUCCCACCGCACCCCCAAAGCCUCCAGCAAUAAAGUGCCCCUUGCCCCAGAGAUUCAGCUGGAGCCCCUCAACUGCACCACCAUCGUGGCACGCUGGCAGCCUGCCCAGGGCAACUCCGCCAGCAUCCAGGGCUACCGGCUCUUUUACCGGGAGGAGGACCAGCCUGAGAGCGCCCCCAUCCAGCUUCCUGCCCGGGCGUCCCAGCACAUCAUGGGUGGCCUGGACCCUCGAAGGAAGUACCAUGUGAAGCUGUUAGCCUUCAGCUUUGCAGGAGAGGGCUACCAGGCAGACCAGACAGUCAGCACCCCUGGAUGUGUCUCGGUUCGCGAUCGCUUGGUGCCCCCUCCUCCACCCCCGCACCACGUGUACGCCACGGCCAACACCUCAUCCUCGGUGCACCUCCACUGGGGCCGGCCCGCCUUCACCACGGGCCAGACCGUCAACUACACCGUGCGUUGUAACCCUGUGGGCCUGCAGAACGCCUCCCUCGUGCUCUACCUGCAGACGGCCGAGCAGAGCAUGCUGGUCCAGGACUUGGAGCCCAACACCAAGUACGAGUUUGCAGUGCGACUCCAUGUCGAGCAACUUUCCAGCCCCUGGAGCCCAGUGGUUUACCAGAGCACACUUCCUGAAGCCCCCCGCCAGCCUCCGUCGAGUGUGAAAGUGACGCUGAUCGAGGACGACACGGCGCUGGUGUCCUGGAAGCCGCCAGAGGAGCCCAGUGUGGCCGUGACACGCUACACCAUCCUGUACGCCUCCAGGAAGGCCUGGAUCGCCGGGGACUGGCAGAUACUGGAGAGAGAAGGGACCAUCACCAUGGCUUUGCUAGAGAACCUGUCUCCUGGAAGCGUCUACCUGGUCAAGGUCUCUGCGUCCAACCAGGUAGGCGACGGGCCCUUCUCCAAGGCGGUGGAGCUGGCUGUGGUACCUGGGGGCUCCCAGUCCGCCCACAACCCGAGACGUCAUGGCGGCUCCGCCGAGGCCAAAGUGUUCUCCGAUGGCUUCUACCACAUGGACCAGAAGUCGAUGACCGGCAUCAUUGUGGGAGUGUGCAUUGCCCUGGCCUGCAUCAUUCUGUGUGUCCUGAUCCUCCUCCACCGCGGCAAGGCCAGGAAAUCUUCAGCCACCAAGAUGACCAGGCAAGGGAACGGUCCGGCCCUGCGUGCGGCUGCUCCUCUGGCCAGUGCAAAUCAGGUGGAGAAUGCGGAGGUCCUUAUGCCAAUGAUGGGAAGCCACUACAUUGACACCAAGGGAGGAACCAGGAAUCUGAUCAUCAGCAGCUCAGGACCUGUGAACCCCAGCAGUCAGAAGAAGAGCAAGAGGAAGUGGUGGUUCUUCAGUAAGGAGGAGAACCUGGAUGCCAAGAGAGGCCAGGUUCAGCAGAGAGGUCACUGUGCGUGCCCCUACCAGCUGGGGGCGACGGCGCUAAGGUACGAGGAGGAGCUGCCCUCGCCCCCGCACCAGCCCACCUCCCUGAAGGUCCUAUUUGGGCCCCAGGGGGACACCGAGGGCUCUCAGAACAGUGAGGGGAGCCACGAAACGGGCGACUCUGGGCGCUACUCCCACGACGAGACCGAGAUGACCAACCUCUCCUCCGGCCAGAGCAGCCGCACCCCGUCUGUUCAGGCAGAGGACAGCCGGGGAUCUGAGGACAGCCCCGCCCCCGGGGAGGACCGGCCACACCUAAUCUUGGAGAUGGGAGACGCUGCGGAAACGGCUGGCUGUCAGGCCCCAGACCCCUCCCAACCUACACUUCCGCUCUAG